CCAUAUACGCCCAAAAGCCGGGGAAUUUCAAGUCCCUUUCAUCUUCGCCCAUCCGAUCUACGAUUGGAACCCUAACAUUUUCUUUUAAUUUCACGCGUUUCUACUGCCUUUCAUCCACGGAUUCGAUUUAAUCCAGCCGAAAUUUAACAGCUUUUGUUAGCAUUGGCAUCGGCAGAUCUACGAUCGAUGUCGAAGGAAUUCAAAGCACCGCCGGUUGUAUUCCCGUCCGGGGGAACACCCGGCGUACAGCAACGUCGUCCGCCGACGGCGCCCUUUCAGCCGCCCAUCUCUUCGAACCCCAACUUGCCGUUCAUGUCCUUCGACAUCGGUUCCGCUGCCGCGUCCACCUCGUUCUCCACCCCUCAGUUCGCAUCAACCACCAUCGGCGGCGGAUCCAAUGGAUUCGAGGACGAGCCGCCGCUCCUCGAGGAGCUCGGGAUCAACACCAAGCAAAUUUACCAGAAAACUCUGUCGAUUCUCAACCCUUUCCGAGUCAAGGCAGAUCUUCACGAAGAUGCCGAUCUUUCAGGCCCGUUUCUGUUCCUGAUCGCGUUCGGGCUAUUCCAAUUGCUUGCAGGGAAGUUCCAUUUCGGAAUCAUCCUGGGAUGGGUGGUCAUGGCUUCUGUUUUUCUGUAUGUGGUGUUCAACAUGCUCGCCGGACGAAAUGGGUCCUUGGAUCUGUACAGAUGUGUCAGCUUAGUGGGCUAUUGUAUGCUACCCAUUGUGAUAUUGUCAGCAGUAUCCUUGUUCUUGCCCGGAGGGGUUGCAAUUAAGGUUGUUGCCGGUGUCUUUGUCAUAUGGUCCACCCGUGUUUGCACCCGUCUUGUGGUCGAGCUGGCAUUGUAUGGGGAUGAGCACCGUGGGCUGAUUGCGUACGCCUGUUUCUUGAUAUACAUGCUUUUCUCUUUGCUUGUGAUAUUCUGAUCCACUAUAGAUGUGGUACUAGGUUGUUGUGUGUUUGGGUGUCAUGAAUAUGUUAUAGUAUUCGGUAUGGCUUUCAAGUUUCAAUGAAGCAAAAUCCAUCUUUCAGUAGGGGUAUCAUUGGCUGAGAUUGAAUUUUGGAUACUUUGAUUUUUCUGAACUCUAUUGCUGAUAAUCUAAUUCCUAUU